AAGAGAAAAGAUAGCAGUAGAAUUUCAAAGCGUGGCCGGCAACGUCGCUCAAUCGCCGGCUAUGGCUUCCUCACCGAUGCCGCUAAGUCUAACGCCUCUCUCACAACCCUCUCGAACACACCACUCAUUCUGCAAUGCCGCCAAAUUUCCGUACCAUCACCAUUCAAACACUAAUUCCACUUCCAAUUUAUCAAUCAGGACUUGUCGCAAUCUCACAGCUCCUACCAAUCCUUUAACCGCCAAUUCCCUUUCGAAUAACUCUCCCGUGGUCUCCGCUGACGACAAUUGGGGCGUCUGGACUGCUCUCUUCGCCACCGGCGCUUUCGGUCUCUGGUCGGAGAAGACGAAGAUCGGGAGCAUGAUUAGUGGUGCAUUAGUGAGUAUUUUGGUUGGGCUUGCAGCCAGUAAUCUGGGGAUUAUUCCGCACGAUGCGCCAGCUUAUUCUGCUGUGUUUCAGUAUUUAUUGCCACUAACGAUACCAUUGCUGCUGUUUAGAGCUGAUUUACGCCAAGUCGUACGGACUACAGGGACUUUAUUCUUGGCUUUCUUGCUAGGAUCAGUUGCAACAGUUGUUGGGACAGCAGUUGCUUUCUUGAUUGUGCCCAUGCGGUCCCUUGGUCAGGAUAGCUGGAAAAUAGCUUCUGCUCUGAUGGGCAGUUAUAUUGGUGGAGCAAUAAAUUACAUAGCAAUAUGUGAGGCACUCGCUGUUUCUCCUUCGGUUGUUGCUGCAGGUGUAGCAGCAGACAAUGUCUUAUGUGCUGUGUACUUUUUUCUCUUAUUUGCGUUGGCCUCCAAAAUACCCGCAGAUGUUGCAAAAGUGCCUGAUGAUGCUUCAUAUCCGGCGAUGGAUGAGAGCAAAGUUUCAGUGUCCCAAAUGGCUACAUCACUUGCUGUUUCCUUUGCUAUCUGUAAAGCAGCCAACUCUUUUUCCAAAACUUUUGGAAUUCAAGGAGGUGAACUUCCUGCAGUUACAGCAAUUGUUGUCCUUUUAGCAACCUUGCUUCCGAGUUUCUUUCGCUACCUGGCUCCUGCUGGUGAUGCUUUUUCUCUCGUACUCAUACAGAUAUUUUUUGCUGUUCUUGGUGCAAGUGGGAGUGUGUCGAAUGUAAUCAACACAGCUCCGAGUAUCUUUGUUUUUGCCUUUGUCCAAGUGGCUGUUCAUCUUGUUGUGAUACUUGGGCUGGGAAAAUUAUUUAGAAUCGAUAAAAAACUAUUACUACUUGCGUCAAAUGCAAACAUUGGCGGUCCAACUACAGCAGGUGGAAUGGCCACAGCGAAAGGGUGGAGCACUUUAGUUGUACCUGGCAUUCUCGUAGGGAUUUUUGGAAUAUCAAUUGCAACAUUUUUAGGAAUUGGUUUUGGAAAGAUGGUUCUCAGAUACAUGUGAAGCAAAAGACUGAAUGUGUUUUUUAUCAUAUGUGUAACACUUUCCAGUUUAGCUGUCUUCUUCUUCUUCUUUGCACCUGCUGUAACUGUUAGUUGAGAAUCAAAAAUUAAUAAUAGCACUCUACUCUAUCAUCUUA